AUGAAUGUAUCUGGCUUGCAGAUUGAGCAAUGUUGCGAAGUGCUCGCAUCUGUUGAGGCACAAACCAAUCGUAUUUGCAAACAGAUCGAGAAAAUUGACAACGCUCAAAAGGAUGAGAGGCGGCGUUCAUUGUCGAAAGACAGCAGCGCAACGAUCAUUGCUGAACUAGCAAGUGUGAUAUCCGAGCUGAACAACGUUCAUCAACUACUCGAAGCACACAAAGUGACUGUUCUUUUUUCCAGAGCACAAGAAAACAUUUAG